AGCUCAUUGACAGAAAAGAGGAAGUUUUUUUGUGCUCCAGCUCGGCGUCUCCCUGGCCGGCAUGGACCUGUACCUGGAGGCGCGGCGGUACCUGCACGCGCACCAAGUCCCAGGUGCGUCCAUCGCUCUCCCUCCCGUGGAAGAAAGAGAGGUGAUGGAGGAGGACGUUUUCCAGGAGGAGGCGGUUUCUCCGCUCAACGCCGAGAGCGUCGACUUCCCAGACAUCCCGACACCGUGCACCCCGGAGGAAAUGUUGGAGACGAGGCUUGUGGUCCUGAAGGGAAUCCUGGCGAGCGAGGAGGUUUAUCUCAUGGAGCUGGAUGCCCUGCUGAUGCCCAUGAAGGCUCUGCGGGCGUCUGCUGGGACUUCCCAGCCAGUGCUGUCCAGUCAACAGAUCCAGACUGUUUUCUACCAGGUUCCUGAGCUCAGAGAGGUUCACCAGAACUUCUUCUCAAGCCUGAAGACCCGUCUGAGUGCUCCCUGCCAGACGGAGCUCAGCGGUGAGGAAGGAACAGGGACGAGGCUCACACACUUCCAUUUGGAGGUGGGAGACCUUUUCCUGAAGGUGGUGAACCAGAUUGGCCUGUACGGAGGCUUCAUUGAAAACUACGAGAAAGCUGUUGACAUCGUCAGGAAGUGCACGCAGUCCGAUCCUCGCUUUCGAACUCUUGCAGAGAGAAUGAUGGCCAACAACGGUGCAGACAAAGCCCGGACUAAAUACACGUUUGAAGCUCUACUGUACAAACCUUUGGACAGAGUUACCAAGACAAUAUUAGCCCUGCAGGAACUUCUGAAGUCGACACCAGAGGAACACAGAGAUUUUGUAGCUCUACAGGAAGCUCUCAGGCUGUCUCGCAGCUUUCUGUCUGGAGUCAACGAGAGUUCACAGUGUAAACGAGAGGUGACGCUCAGUCAUGGCAUGAGGCGCCAGCUGAUGCGUGAUAGCUUCGUGGUGGAUGCGAGCGAAGGUGAACUACGACACCUCUUCCUCUACACCGACCUUCUUCUGUGCACCAGAUUCAAACAUGCAGCCUGGGGGAAGCAGAGCCAGUACAGGUUCUGCUGGUAUCUCCCUCUCGCUGGCCUCAGACUUCACUGUGUUCUGUACCAGCAACGACCGCCUGACAUACACGUCCGCUUACAGUCGAUAAGAACCAAGAUGCACCUGCUACGGAAGCAGCUGCAACAAAACAUGAAGGGACCCAGGAGCCAGACGUUAGCGGGACGCAACAGGAAGAAACUGGAACAGAUGGAGCUGAUGCUGCUCACACACUCCCCUGUUCACAGGCUUGAGCUGCACAGCCCCAGCGGAAAGAGUCAAACGCUGCUCUUCUCCUCUCUGUACGAAUUAGAGGAAUGGAGAGAAGCCAUCCACAAACUUACCAAAGACAACAUCGAAACCGUCCCUCCAGACUUGCUCACUCUCACCAGUGCAUGUGUGAAACUGAGAAUGACCCAGCAGCCGCCUCUCCACAGCUCUAAGCCCGGAGACGACGAGGCGUCGUUAUGUGGGACUUUGAGUGUCGUGAUCCAUUCAGCUUCUGGCCUACAGCAACCAGCUUGUGUGUAUGUGUGUGUGGAAGUGGACGGGUUUGAGUUUUAUGAUAAGCAGGCCCAGACGCACUCGUUGCUCCACAGCCUCAACCCACACUGGGACCAGGAACUGUCUUUCCAGGUGGAUGGUGCAGAGAAGAUGAUGGUGUUAUGUGUGAAUCGGUCGGAUGAACACGAGGAUACUGUUCUGGGAAAAACUACAGUAAAGCUGGAGUGUACAACUCUGAGUGAGCGAUGGAGACGACAGACGCUUCAGCUGGGCCAGGUGGAGGUGACGCUGUCCCUGAAGUUCUCUCCUCAUCAGCUGGAGCCGCCCAGCUCCCCAGCCCAACAGUCCCCCGUCUUCUCCGUCUCCAUAGAAACGGUGGCACAGCAGGAGGGCGUGCUGGUUCCUCAUCUGGUGCAAUGCUGCGUGACGGAGGUGGAGCGGAGAGGCAUGGACGAGGUGGGGAUCUACAGGGUUUCAGGGACCACCAGUGACGUCAGGAUCCUCAAAGCUGCGUUCGACAGCAAUCUGCGGGAAGCGGUAACCAAAAUAAGAAGGGCCGAGGUGAACGCUGUCUCUGGUGUCCUCAAACUGUACUUCCGAGAGCUGCCUGAGCCUCUCAUCCCCUCUGAGCUGUUUCAGAGCCUGACCAGAGCUCUGGACAUCCAGGACUCGGACUCCCGGCUCGUCUCCAUGUUGUCUCUGCUGCAGUCGUGUCCUGACACUAACCGCCACACCGUCCUCUACCUCCUCCAUCACCUCCAACGAGUCGCAGGGAGGCAAGAGGUUAACAAGAUGUCACUGCUGAACCUGGCCACAGUGUUCGGCCCGAGCCUCUUACGCCCCCCGGUGGCAGAACACGGACACGACGGCCCCUCUGUGGACAUCUCUCAGGAGGUGGUGGUGCAGGUCCAGGUGGUUUUCUGCUACCUGCAGUGCAGCCACCUCCCUGCAGCGCUGACCUUCCUGCCUCAUGACGCACACGCAGACGCAGACGCCGAGGCCGAGGCCGAGGAACAGACCACCCACAUGUGAGGCCGCCGCCGCUGCAGGCUGGCAGGAGACCUGAAGAGAGUGAGGCGACAUCUGAGUGGGGACUCUCAGACAAUAAAAGUGCUCAUAAAAAAAAAACAAAAAAAAGAAAUCAAAUGUGGACUUGUAUGUUUUUGCAACAUUUGAAGGAAAUCCUUGAGAUUUGUCUGUUUUUUUUUAGGGUCCAACAGCUUGUCUAUGUAUGUUACAGCACUUGUAAUUGCACUAUGACCUCAUAUUUUUCAUAAACCCUCAUUUAACUACAAAUUAAUUCCAUUUCUCAAGCAGGGUGUAGAACAGAAUCAUCUUUACCGGACUUCUUCUUGUCCUGGGUGACGCAUGAAGUACUGUAAAGUUGAAAAUGCGGUUGAGGAGAAAUCAUGGGAGCACAUGUUGUCAGGAGGUCACAGGUCGCCUCUCCGAGCCUGAAAUCCAAUCGGUCACAGUUCAAAUACAACUAGACAGAGUUCACCGCGGAUUGUACGCCCCAUAAAUGUCACACACACAUACGCACACACACACACCCAGCCCGCGGUCGACCCUGUCCGCGCCACAUAUGGGAGACUCUUUUUCUGCCGCACCACCUGGGCAGACCGAGCUAGUGUUUCAUUUUACCCCCAAAAAACCCCCCGUUGGUCUUUUGAUCGCUAAUCCUGGACCCAGAAUCCAGCUCUCGGAGUACUAAUAGACAGGAGGGUGUGUGCGGAUGCCAUAACAACAUCCAGAACGAGCCUCCCUCCCCUAGAAAAGGAGAAACAAAUGGUGAGAUCACCCGAUUGCCCCCUGCAGCAUAAAUCACGCGUCUCCUCUAACACGGUGGCUGCCAGAUUAAGGCUCCGGCUUUGACGACUGCAAAGUCAAAAGCAGGUUCCCGUUGCAGACUACAAAGAGGACGGAGCUGAGGAAGGCACAGACGUUUGUGACCUAAUGCGACAUCAGACGAAUGGUCCACACCUGGGAGAGCUGAGAAACCUUUUUAAUGGGAGAAGUAAAGCCGUGACCACGAGACAGCAAGUUCAGGAUCACGGAGAGUGAUUACACAGUGGCAAAUGCACAUGGAAACGCUUAUUCACUCAAGUUGGAGUCAUCUGGAGGAGAAUGGUUUGAUAGACACAGACUAACCUCACGACUUCAGCUCUGAUCAAUGAUUUUCUUCUCUUCGCAGAAACAGCUGUUUUUUCCACCUCGCGUGAUUAAUACCUCAUAUUUUUGAAGUUGUAUCGUUCUUGUGUUAACCCUAGUUACGUAUACUGUUACGUAUACAUUAAAAGUUCUGUGAAUAAAAAUCUAUGGCAGUUUGAAUAUCAUUUCAUUUCAUGUUAUUCUUUAUUUCAUUCAAAAAAUAAAAC